CCUCUGUAAACGGACACGGGCUCAUUUAUGGGGUUUUUUAUUGCCGCUGAGAGAUGACUUUGGAAGGAGACAGCAAGUGACACGUUUGGGAAGGGUUUAAAAGUUUGACUUGAUGGGAAGAGGCAUUACUUCUCCCACAGGAAGAGAAGACUCAGGCUUCUCAGGGACCUCAGACAUUAACGGAGCCACAGGCCCCAGCCAUGAAUAGUGCAACAGGUUGCCCGCCAGAAGCCACCGUGUGUGAUGGUGACUCCUGCGUGCUCCCUGAAAGUAACUAUAAUGCCAUCCUCAGCACGGUCCUCAGCACCGUCCUCACCAUCCUGCUGGCCCUGGUGAUGUUUUCCAUGGGCUGCAACGUGGAGAUCAAGAAAUUCCUGGGCCACUUAAGGAGGCCCUGGGGCAUAUUCGUGGGCUUCCUCUGUCAGUUUGGAAUCAUGCCCCUCACGGGGUUCAUCCUGUCGGUGGCCUUUGGCAUCCUCCCUCUCCAAGCUGUGGUGGUGCUUAUCAUGGGAUGCUGCCCUGGAGGGACGGCCUCCAACAUCUUGGCGUACUGGGUGGAUGGAGACAUGGAUCUGAGUGUCAGUAUGACCACAUGCUCCACACUGCUUGCCCUGGGAAUGAUGCCACUGUGCCUCUUCAUUUAUACCAAAAUGUGGACUGACAUGGGGAGCCUCGUCAUUCCUUAUGAUAGCAUAGGCACGUCUUUGGUAGCCCUUGUUAUCCCCGUCUCCAUUGGGAUGUUCGUGAAUCACAAAUGGCCUGCGAAAGCCAAGAUCAUCCUUAAGAUCGGGUCCGUUGCAGGGGCCAUCCUCAUCGUGCUCAUAGCUGUAGUUGGAGGUGUCCUCUACCAAAGUGCCUGGAUCAUUGAACCCAAACUGUGGGUUAUCGGGACUCUGUUUCCAAUGGCUGGUUACUCCCUGGGAUUUGUUCUGGCCAGGAUAGCAGGGCAGCCCUGGCACAGGUGCAGGACCGUGGCUCUGGAGACAGGCAUGCAGAACACCCAGCUGUGCUCUACCAUCGUGCAGCUGUCCUUCACACCCGAGGAGCUCAACCUGGUGUUCACUUUCCCCCUCAUCUACAGCAUCUUUCAGCUGGCCUUUGCGGGGAUAUUCUUGGGACUUUAUGUGGCAUACAAGAAAUGCUAUGGAAAAAACAAGGCAGAACUUCCAGAGACUUUAGAGAAUGACACAGCGUCAGGGGCAUCAUUCUGCCAGUCAAAUGAAGGGUUUGAGCCAGAAAAAAAGUAGCCAUGAAGACACAAGGCAAGAGUGGCGUCAGCUACUGGAGUGCUCAGCGACUUGAGUUUGGACAGGCUACCUGGCAGAAAAGAAGUUCAGGUGAACAUUUCCAGUACAGUUGGUUUUUUGUGCUAAGUGACUUGUGUGCCAGUUUUUAAAGUCACAAAUAUUUAUAUGUGUGUAGAUACAUGUGUAUGUAUGUGUAUGUGUAUGUAUAUGUACUGCCUUUGCAAUGUGGUUCCCAAUAUGCUCAUAUGCACUGGGAUUCAGAGCUACUGAGAUCUUUGUAACUCCUGAACUGAAUUCUUGCCCCAAACCUCAUAACCCAGAGACGAACUGCCAUAUUUUGUAUGUUAAAAUGGACAAAAUGAAUCAUUACGAUGAAGUUCUCACAGUCUUCUCUACUAUUUACGAUUGUUUAAAAAAAAUUGCCAUGAACACCUUCUACAGACAUUCUUAAGAAAAUUGCAGCCUAGCAGAAUGGGUGGCGAUGUGCCUGGUUGAGUACACACGUGUGCAAGGACCCAGGUUCAAGGCCCCACACCCUACAUGCAGGUGGGGCACAUCAUGAGUGGGGAAGCAGGUCUGCAAGGGUCUUUAUUUCUCCUUUUCUGUCUCCCCUCUCAAUUCAAUUUCUCUCUGUCCUAUCAAAUAAAGUAGAAAAUUGGGGGGGGGGGGUGGAACAAAAAGAGAAAAAAGUGGCCGCUCAGAGAAAUGGAUUCAUAGUCCUGGCACCAAGCCCCAGUGGUAACCCUGGUGGCAAUAGAAAAAUAAAUAAAUAAAAACAUCGCAACCUAUUUAUUUAUACAUAACACUGUAUCGUAACACUAGCAAUAAAUUUUAUUUCCUGUAUGUGAUAAAAAAAAAUUUCACCAGUGACUAUUUAUGAGAGACAGAAAGAGAUGGGGCAGGGGGGAAUACUAAGUAGAAUUCAAUAACCAAAUCAGAAUGCUGCCCAUAACUUGUGAGAGAUGUGGUUGGUACACGGGUCGAUUUGCCAUUACAUUGUACAGGAAAGACAAGAAAGUCUCCAAUGGUAUGGAUUUGGCAAAAAGUUCUUCAGACCCUAGGGAGCAAAUUCCUUGCACAAAGGCUGCUUAUUCAAGCAGCAUCCAGAGGGGCUCGUAGGCCAGCUACUGGGUUCACUUGAAUCCCAGGCAGUAGACAUCUUAAAGCAGCACUGACAAAAGGCACAACGCCAGCAGAGUUGUUGGCAGAAAUACCAAGACUCUAGUGUGUGAAAUCAUGAGACGUGGACAGAAAUGCACAAAUAACAGAGCCCCUUGGAGGUGCAUAAGUAGAGGCAAUCAGAAGGUCAGGGGCAAGUAGCAGAGAGAAGAAUAACGUCAGACAGGAUGGGGGAAGUGAGUAUGAAACAGUGUCUGUGGAGGAGGAAGUCACUUUGUCCAACCUGGAAACAGGAAGUGCAUUGUGGUGUUGAGUAGCUGAGAUUCUGCAAAGAGUAUCAAAGGAGAAGAAAGGAGAAAUGGAGCAGUGACAACAGGGCCAUAUAGCCAAGCGCUGGGUGCUUGACUGGGCAGUCUUCUUUAGUUACCUUUGCCUCGUUUUGCAGCUGGAAAUUGCUGUCUUCUUACCUCAUUAGUAAUGCUUAAUGUUCAUUUUCCAGCUGGACCUUCUCAGGGUCUCAGAGAUUCUCCUAGAUGUUUUGCCCAGUGUGAAUCCAUAUCCUGCCAUGCACUCAGCCUUACACAGACAGGGAGCUCAGCUUGGCCACUGUCAGCUAUCUAGAACAAGGUUUAGAUUUACAGUUGAGUAAGGGAGCCAUGGUUUUCCAGUACACAGACAUAUUCAGAGGUAUGGGGGAUUUUAUUAUUAUUAUUAUCAUUAAGAAGAACAAGGGAAGAGGCAGGAAGGGCAGGCUUUCCCAUUAAGAGGUGUCAGAGAGUAUUUUUUCCAACAAGAAGACUUGAAAUCUUUGUGUGAGGAACUUCCCAGAAGCCUCACCUCUCAGCAAGCAGGCAGGUGUACAAAGGCAAACUGCAAAUCCAUAACAUUAUUUCAGCACAAAGUCAGGGGUCUGGGUGCCAGCAGCUGCAGCAAACAGGUUGUUAAUUUCCCUGUUGACCAAGAUGUGAGUGACAAAGGACUUGGCUUCCUUACAUGAUGUGGGAUCUUGUGAGAGAGUAUGUGUGUGUGUGUGCGUGCGUGCGUGUUUGCGUGCGUGCGUGCGUGUGUGUGUGUGUGUGUGUGUGUGUGUCUAUUUUCUAAUGUGCUAGAGGGGAGAAAAAGAGCUGAGCUUUUUAAAAUGAGGGCUCUCUAUUUUUAAAUGACUUUGAAAAGCAGAUUAAAUUAUGUAUUUUAUUGCCUCUGUGAGCAUCUUGCUAAAUGAAUAUUUUAUUGCAGUGACUAGAAUAAAUGAAAAUGUUUGUAACA